AUGUUUCCAGUUGCGACAUUAAUUGAGGACAAGAUUCAAAAGGGUCAAUUAACACAAUUUCUGGCAAACAAUGGCGGUUCAACAUGUGCUGACAAGGAAAGGGUGAUUGACGUUAUUUCUGGUGGGAUUCACUUAGAGGAUGAGUUCAAUAAGGGGAAUUCAGUGUAUCGCUUGGAUAGUAAGAGGCCCAGACGCAAUCCGUCACCGGUGAUUUCUUUCUCGGACGCAGAUUAUGCGGAUGGAGUGGUGCCAGGGCAUGUGGAUGCAUUAGUAAUCACCACUAAGAUAGGAACCAAUGUGGUAAAAAAGAUCCUUAUUGAUAAUGGUAGCUCUGUGGAUAUUUUGUAUCAGAAUGCUUACGCAAGGAUGGACCUCGGAGACCGUAAAAUGACUAUAGCUAAAGGAUCUCCACUCUACGGUUUCACAGGGAAUGAGGUACGGGUCAUUGGUGUAAUUGACCUUCCAGUGUUAUUUGGGUCACCACCCCACCAAGUCUGGCAGAUGACGAAAUUCCAUGUGAUCAACGCAUCAUGCAGUUACAAUGCUAUCUUAGGACGGACGACCCUUUCAGCUUUACGGGCCGUCACGUCAAUCCCUCAUCUAAAGAUGAAAUUUCCAACCGAAUAUGGAGUAGGGGAGGUUAAGGGAGAUCAGUAG